AUGGAGGAGGAGGAGGCUGCUGCUGCUCAGAAGGUUGCCGUCAUCUGGUUGGAGGUCCCUGCCGCUUGGAAGGCUGCAAAGGAGGAGGCCCAAAGGGAGAUGCAUCUUGAAGAAUCGCAGUUGAGGGACACCAAUGGCAGUAUUAUGGAGGACAGCGAUGAGAUCAGAGGUCAGAUUCUUCAGAUCUUGUUGGACUGCCCCUCUAGGGAAGAUAAAGCCUUAGGGCCAAAUGGCUUCCCACCCUUCUUCUUUCAUCGAUAUUGGUCGAUCGUCAGUGCAGAGGUGACUAAGGCUGUGCAGAUGGUUUUUGGGACUAGAGGCAUACUAGAGCAGUGGAAGAGGAUGCUGAUCAUCCUCAUCCCGAAGAGACUUGAUACGUCGGCACCUGGGUACUUUAGGCCUAUCAGCCUCUACACCAUUCUUUAUAAGUGGAUCCCUGAUCGUCGGAGGUUGAUGGAGAUCAAACUAGACAUGGAGCGCGUGUAUGAUCGAAUGAGCUGGAGGUUUGUGUGGCAGACGCUUCAGGAGUUUGGCUUUCAUGACAGGUGGACUGAUUGGGUUAUGGACUGUAUGGAAGGCCCGAGCUUUGCCAUCCUGAUCAACGGCUCUCCGAUAGAUUCAGGGGAUGAGCUGGAGCCCUACUGGUCUGUCCUUGGGAUGCAGCUUUUGUUGCAUCUUUUAUUUGCAGAUGACUGCUUACUCAUCGAUCGGAUCUCACUGUGCAAUACGAGGUACUUCGCAUCUACGAUGGAGGCCUACUAUCAGAUGUCUGGACAGUGUAUGAAUUUGCAGAAGUCCACUAUCAUCUUCAGUCCAAAGAUGAAGGUCCAGGUGAAGCACGUGAUUCGAGAUAGGCUGAAGAUUUUCGAGCAGAUUGGGACUCUGACUUAUCUUGGUGUCCCCAUCAUGAGUCGGAGACUGCAGAGGGCUAAUUGCAAGCUCAUGGGGCAAAAGAUUCAGGAGCACCUCGAUGGCUGGCAAGCCCAUUCCUUUUCUAUGCUGGGGAGGGCUACACUCGUGAGAGUGAUCACGGACUGCACCUGCUCUCAUAGAAAGUUGUCUGCCAGCUUGUGCAUGAUGGGGGCUUGGGGAUCUAGUCUUUACUCUCAAAAGGGAGCUGAUGAUUGCCAGACAUGCUAUGAGAUUCCUCACCCAGCACAACUAUAUGUGGAGCAGGAUGAUGAGAGCUCAUUAUAG